AUGGAUCAUGGAAUUAAUGAGUCUGAACCCAAUCUGAGUGGAUCGUUUGGUCAGACAAGCAGUGUAGGCUCUUCAGUUAGGAGACAUUCUUUAAGUUUAUCACGCAGCAUAUCCUUCCAGGUAGAUGACGAUAUUGAAAGUGAAAAUGUGUCAGAGGCAGGUGAUAUUGGUGACAGGGCUCUUCACAGCAAAAGGCAUAGUGAAAGUGGCAAAAUCAGGUUAUCCGUUGACAACGGAUUAGAAAAUGGUAUGGUGGUUCCCGUUUCAGAGGACAAUUAUUGGACUCAUGAUUCCACGGCUUUGAAUACAAGAUCCCCAGUGUCACCUUUGCCGGAAGAAAUCAUAUCUCCUAUCUCAACUGAUGCAAUGAUCUGCUCCGAGGAAAAACAAGAAGACAAAGAGAAAAAAUUUGCGUUGCCACCAUUACUCGAGUAUACGUCCUGUCUUUUGUAUCUUGCAGUUUUUGGAAUUCUUGGGGUUUUAACAAGGUACUUAUUACAGAAACUCUUUGGCCCUGGUGUUGCUGGCGUGACAAGUGACAACCACCCGCUAUACCUUGACCUACCUUCCAAUAUGGUUGGUUCGUUCUUGAUGGGAUGGUGGGGUGUUGUUUUCAAAGGAGAUAUAUCCAGAGUGUCUGGUCAUUUGGCCAUUGGAUUAACAACCGGUUACUUGGGAAGUCUCACAACUUUCAGCGGUUGGAAUCAGAAAAUGCUUGAUCUCAGUGGUGAUGGCCAUUGGGUGUUUUCUUUUGUUGGAUUUCUCAUAGGGUUAUUCCUUGCAGCCUACUCCAUAAAAUUCGGUGUUGGUACGGCCAAAUGUUUCAAGUCAUUUCUCCACAGGUCAAACAGAAGUGCAGAAUUAGCCAGCUGGAGGUUGGACAGCCGCAAUCAACAUUUGGCAGUUACGGUGGUAUUGCUGGUAAUGCUAUGCCUUUUAUGGAGUUUGAGUGGAGCACUGCUAAAGAAGGAGUAUAACCACGACAGCAGUGGGGCUCAGCUAUGGCUGGGUUGCAUAGUUGCACCUCUAGGGGUGUGGAUCAGGUGGUUCUUAGCACGGCUCAAUGGGCGUGGGUUAGGAAAGGCAGGUUCUCUGAAAUGGGUUCCAUUUGGAACUCUUAUUGCCAAUGUUUCUGCAGCGUGCAUCAUGGCAGCACUGUCUACUGUGAAGAAAGCGGUGCAUACCAAAACCUGUGAUACCAUUUCAACAGGCAUACAGUUCGGAUUAUUGGGCUGUCUGAGUACUGUUUCCACUUUCAUUGCUGAGUACAAUGCGAUGGAAGAAAGCCAGAAAAACUGGAGAGCUUAUGUAUAUGCCCUAAUGACAAUAGUUGUCUCAUUUGGCAUGGGGAUUCUGAUAUACUCUGUACCUGUCUGGACCAGGGGAUACAAAUAG